GCUUUUUUCGAAACGUGUUUUUGCUGGCAAAAAGUUCUGCUCUACAGCUACCGUUGCCGUUGCAGUAAGUUGCGGCCGCGGCCAUCUGUAAAGCUUGCUGUGUAUGGCCAGAGGAACGAGAGGGCGUCAAAAAGCAGUCGGCAAAUUCCGUGACCUCGGCUUAUACUUCGCCAAGCCUGCAGCUCCCCUUGUGAUGGAUACUGCAGCAGAUACUCCUCCAGCAAAGAAGCUCAAGAGGGCACCAGUUGACCUGUCACUACCCCUGACUCCCUCUUUCGUCCCACCUUCCCUCCCCACCCCCUCUCCCUCGCCAUCCUCACUCACCUCUCCUGUGACAACACUCUCUGUUCUCCCUCCCUCCUCCCCUCCCCUCCCUCCGUCACCCACCUCUCCCCUCUUUCCCUCCCUAAUUGAUGACCUGGAGACCCUUCUCCUAAUGAGGAACAUCCAGACUCAGAUCGUCUCACUACCACCCGGCAGACAGGCCCAGUUGUUCACCCGGAAUCAGCUGUGUCUGGCAGAGAGCUAUACGGACCAGCUGGAGACCAUGGGCCCCAGUACUGGGAGAGUGGACAGACUCCUGGACUACCUGAUAUCAGCCGUGGGUACCUUUAGGAUGCCUCCUGGCAGGCUACUAUGUCGACUCUGGACCCUUGCCUGCAAUGACAAGGUAUUGGAAGUAGUGGGUCCAGAGAGGGUGCUCCAACUGUCCUGUUUGUUCCACUCUCUCCUCUCCCUCCACCCGCCAUGGAGUUCCUCGCUGGCCCACCUCCAGCUCUCUCAGUUAGUCACUGCUCUGGGGGCAGACACCGGGACCCCAUUCACUGCCUGGCUACACAUCAGACACCUCCUCAGCCCUCCAGGCUACAAGUAUUACCACCACCACCUCCAGUUCCUGGUGGACCUGCUGCUGAGUGACUUCUGGUCUCAUGUACACCGGGACAGGUAAUGCAGUGCUCUAGUGCAAGAAUUGUCGAUACACACACACACACAUACACACAUACAGUAAAGUCUUAUCUGGGUGGCUUGGGACGCAGGGUUAACCAUGUGAAAAAUGAAACCUUUUCAAAGAUACACAUUACCUCACAGUGAAUAGGCGAGUGGUUAAACUGUUUAUGUGCAGUUCCAUAGCCUGUGCUAUAUAGCUGAGACUGGGUAUCGUAUCUCUCACAGAACUGGCACUCCACUGUUUGUGUCAGUAUUCUGGAGGUGUCCCAGUGACACUGACUCCAUGUCUCUACCAGUGAGACAACUGCUGGACUCCAUCUCUCUCUCCCUUCACAACUACACUGCCACCCAGCCACAGCUCCAGGUUCUUCAGUCCCAGCUGGCACUGCUCUUCCUGGUCAUGACUACCUGUAGUGAGGCAGUAGACCAGUUCCUACAGCUCUCCCUCAAACUAACCAGCCAGCAGUUUCUCCUACUUGCCGGAUCCCUACACCCAAUUUCACUGGUCGAGAAACUCUAUCAGCAUCGCUACCUUCGCUCCAGAGGAACUACGAGAGACACAGAGGCUGUAGAUGUGUUCUACACCAAUGGAAAGGUGCUCCCAGACAUUGGAGUACUCAAGCUAUCCAAUUCAGUCUCUCCCUCCACACAGCUGUCAUUGGCUAUUGUCUCUGUUUUGAAGGAACUGCAGUGUAGCACUGUGCCAGCUAAUGGUCACCCCAGUAGUUCACAACCACCUGCUCCUAACACUGCCACAAUUUGUACAUCUACCACUGCUCCGGUUCACCAGUCACCAGCUAACACCGCCACAGCAUCUGCCACAGUUCAUUCAUCUCUGGUUCAGUCACCAGCUACUACUAACGCCCACAUUCCCCACAAGUUUUACUCCCCAGCUAAGAAAAAGCCUUCGCCCACAGUCACAUAUCCUCUCCGUCCUCCAGCUGCAACUACUGUGCCUCCACUGCACAGAACCAAGGGGAACUGCCAGCAGUUUGGAAGAAGUAGCAGUACACAGCCCCGGGCUGCCAAACGAUGCGUAAACUGGGGGACAGCCUCGGCCGAAAAGAAGCGCAGAUUGCUGCAACCUGUGGGCACUGGUCGGGCAUGCGAGAACUGCAACAUUGGUACACUCUCGUGUCACCGCUGCAAGACGUGAUGAUGAGACAAUGAACCCUG